GACUAAUCCUACUGGUAUAAUAUGAAUGCAGGGCAUUGCUAAACCCGCCCAACAAUUUACCCGGGUUAAACGGGUUGAGAUUUGCGGUGAUCAUUCAAUUUUAUGGUCUCGACCCGAAACAUCUCUCCAAAGAUGCUGCCUGAGUUAUUCAAGCUUUGUUGUGUCUAUCUCUGAACUAUGGAAAGAACCCGGAGUGUUGGCUCCGAUACAAGUUCAUUGAGACACAGGCUCCCAAUCUAAACUGUUGCCCCUCUUCAGUUGCAGUAACCCUUGCGAAGAUCGUCAUCACAGUCGCCGAACUUCGGGCUGAGAUUACAAAAUUGAAGGAGAACUUGUCCCAGCAAUGGAAACGUUUCAAUGGAAGACUUUAUUACUUUUCAUCGGGUAAAAAAGAGUGGGGUGAAGCUGAAGACGUCUGUGCCAUGAUGAAAGCCAAGCUCUUGGUCAUUAACAGUAAUCUGGAGCAGACGUACAUUGUGCAGAAUAUGGAUUCUUCUUCUUGGAUUGGACUCCAUGACACUGCUGUGGAAGGCACCUGGCGUUGGGUAGAUGGGACACAUUAUGACUUGAAUGUAAAGUUUUGGGGGGAAACUCAACCCGAUCAACAACGGGAUGAAGACUGCGCUCUGAUGCAUCCCGACGGAACAUGGCACGAUUGGCCAUGCAGUUCCACUCAUUUCUUCAUCUGUGAAAAGCCAGAAGAGUGACACUUCCCCCCGGUCUUUACAGUCAGGACAAAACACUCAGCCAGUCUGUCUGUAAAUGUCCCACACCUGUGUAACAGGUGAGCAGCCGUCAGCUGUGUUUGGCUAUAUGGGUGCGUAAUCCUCCCUCUCCCCGCUGUAUCCAAAGUAAAGCCCACUAAUCAGAUUCUGCAUUGCUCCUUUAUUCUACACCAACAUCGCAAUGAACCACCAUUCAGGUAUAUCCAAAGGAGCCACCCGAUGUUGCCUGCCCCACGGAGUUACUCCAGCACAUUGUAAUCUCUGUGGGAAUGUCCUCUCAUUCCCGUACCCACUCAUACCCUCACUCACUCCCACUGUGCAUUCCCUCUUUCUACAGCCCUCUCCCACCCUGGUCAUCCUGCUUGUUCCACUGUUCCAAUCCAUAUACCCCUUCGUUGUCACCUCUUACACAGCCAACAAUGGACCAUUGUGGGCUUCACCUUUCCUGGGUCAUUGGUGUCAGCUCUGGUUUGUUCUGAACAUUUUCAUACUUCCAGUUCCCUCUCCCCUGACGCUCAGUCUGAAGAAGGGUCUCCAGAGAUGCUGCCUGACCCGCUGUUACUCCAGCACUUUGUGCCUAUCUGCGGUAUAUACCAGCAUCUGUAGUUCCUUCCUACACAAUAAAUGGAACUAAGUUGUCUUGUACUGUUGCUAAAUUAAGUUGUUCUGCGUUUCCCUGUUUUUGUUUUAAUUCUCUCACAAACUGUGAGCUUCAUUUGCCGGCUUCCAAACCAAGCGAAGUAUCCUGAGAUCUAAGGAAUUCUGGAAGAUCAAAAUCAAUGCAUUUCCUCACUUAGCUACAGAGCACAGGACCAUGGAUGUUGGCAUAUUGUAAAGAAACCCUCUAACUAUUACUAUGAAUAGUCUGCAAUCAGGGGCGGAUUAACCAUUAAGCAGACUAAGCACGUGCUUUGGGCACCAGGGCCAAAGGGGGCACCUCAAAGUUGGGAAAAGGGUAAAAAGAAAAAAAAACUAAUGGCAAUUUGUAAAAAAUUCCGUAUCUCCACUUUUUAUGUAAUUGUUGAAAAGUUAGAAACGGAAAUGAGGAGGAGACGAAAGGUGUACACUGAAAUAGCAGACAGAUUCUCUUGUCUGACUGAUGCUCCUAAUGCCACCCAACAAGGUGCUAAUUCCCAAUUAUCAGAAAGUGAAAGGUACUCAAAGACUUGUCAGACACUCAUUGAUGUUUAUCCAGAUGACAUGAACAACACUUUGUCUACAGAGCUUCAGCAGUUCCAUUCAUAUGUUCUUCAUAAGUUUAAAACAACCAAGAAAACAUAUUUCACUCACAUGGAACGUUACAACACAAUUACAGAAGACAAACUAGAGAGUGCCUUUCCAAAUGUUGAAGUUGCCUUAAGAAUAUGUUUAACAUUAAUGGUCACCAACUGCACAACAGAGAGGUCUUUCUAACAACUGAAACGUGUAAAAUCCCCAAAUAAAUCAGUUAUGCUUCAAGAAAGACUCGACUCACUGUGUAUAUUAACAAUUCAAGCAGACAUUCUGAGAAGUAUUAAUUUCGAGGAUGUUAUCAGUGAUUUUGCAAAAAUGAAAUGUAGAAAAAUGCCUUUCAGGUCAUGAAUAUUGGAACUUUGAUACAUUUAACUUGUGAAAUAUUAAAAUAGAUGUUGUAUUGCAUUUUUGUAGAAAUGUAUGUAGCCCAAGCUUGGCUUAGUUUGUACAGUAUAUUGUGUUAUCAUAUGAAUACAUUUUUGUACUGCUGCAACCUGCAUUGUAUAUCUGGUCAGACAGGUCAACAACUAAAAUGGACUGGGUCAGUGUGGAAAGGAGGGGGGCACCAAGAUUGGUCAGUGCUUAGGGCACCAGUGAGCCUUAAUCCGCCCCUGUCUGCAAUUCAUCGGUGGCUCCAAU